CCCUCCCUCACAGGCCUGCAGCCCCACGGAUCAUCUUCCAGCCACUGGCCCCACUGCGCCCACUCCAGCCUAGGUGGCCCCUUCUCCAGCUUCGGGUCACCCUGGAGUGCCUCUCCACAGAGGAUCUGUCCUUGGCCAGGCUGAAAAGUGACCCUGGGGUCCUGUACAUCACCACCUUGGAUGUCUGUCAGCAUUUAUCAACAAUCCCUCCUUACCUUGUUUGCAUUCCUCAAGUAGUUUACUUGCUAACUAGCUGUCUUGCCAGUUAACCUCAUGAGGACUAGGGGUGGCCUGCCUGGUCCCACUGUGUUCCCAGCUUCCAGAGCAGCACUGCACAUAGUAGGCACUCAAUAAAUCAGUGAAAGAUGAGUGAAUGGGUUGGAGGAAGCCCCUCCCAAUUCAUGUCCAGUCUGAAGAUAAGAAAAACCUUCCUCCUCCAAAAACCCUGUGGUGCCUAAGGCUAUAGAAACCAAAGGCAAGGAAGUUUCUUUCAUCUGCCGUUCAUCCUGCAAAAAACCCUCCACUCCAGUGCCCAGGGAAGAAAGGGCACUAGAGUUUACUGAGCGGGAGCUGGGCAGGUGAGAAGGAGAAGGGAGAGGGAAAUUCAGGAGGAAAGAGUCCAGCGAGGAUCACUCCAAGGCUGGCCCACCACGCCCUGACUGCAGUUGUGAUUGCCAGGGCCCCUGCGGCUCUGCUGGGUCCGGGUGCGAGCAGGCACGGAGGUGCUGGCGUCAGCUCAAUUCACAGGCCCCGGACUCCUGUCUAAACAGGACAGGCCCGGGCAACCACAGCGCAGGGGUGUCUGCCAAUGAUGGGAGAGGACUCUGCUGCUUCUUAAGCUCCAGCGACUCAAGCCAGGGCGAGACAGCCUGCCGGCCACCCAGAUCUCCACUUGCCGCCUAGAGCUGGGACGGCAGCAGGGCUGCGGCAGAGGGAGGGAGACCACGCGGUGGCCGCCCCUGCCACCCACGCCCCCACUCCAGGCAUGGCCGACCAGCUGACUGAGGAGCAGAUCACAGAAUUCAAGGAGGCCUUCUCCCUGUUCGACAAGGAUGGGGACGGCUGCAUCACCACCCGCGAGCUGGGCACGGUCAUGCGGUCCCUGGGCCAGAACCCCACGGAGGCUGAGCUGCAGGACAUGAUGAGAGAGAUUGACCAGGACGGCAGCGGCACCGUGGACUUCCCCGAGUUCCUGCGCAUGAUGGCCAGGAAGAUGAGGGACACGGACAGCGAGGAGGAAAUCCGCGAGGCCUUCCGCAUGUUCGACAAGGAUGGCAACGGCCUCGUCAGCGCCUCCGAGCUGCGGCACAUCAUGACCCGGCUGGGGGAGAAGCUGAGUGACGAGGAGGUGGACGAGAUGAUCCGGGCCGCAGACACGGACGGAGACGGGCAGGUGAACUACGAGGAGUUUGUCCACAUGCUGGUGUCCAAGUGAGGCCGGCACCACUGGGCCAGCGGGGCAUGAACCCCAGGCCUCCAGCCUCCUCCUCCAUCCCCACCUCCCCCGGGCACCGCAGCUUCUUCCGGGGCGGUUGAUUCAGCCCACCUCUCUGCCUCCCUCUUCCUGAGGCUCUGCUCUGCUCUUCCUCCGACCUCCCCGCCUGCCCAUCUGAGUGACAUGGAACGCUCCCACUCCAAGCAGACCGUGAAACCCCCCACUCGGGAGAAGCAGAGCUGACCUUAGGAACAAGCACCAGGGCAGGUUGUGCUGGCUCUGUGGCCACCAGGAUGGACCCCCUAGAGCACCCAGGCAAGAUCCCCAAGAGGCACCCAAUGCCCAGGCCAGGGCAAGCUGCAGCCCUCAGCCCACACCUGGAUUUCCUGAGGCUCCUGGACUGCAGGCUCCCUCUGCUGUGGGAUUCUGGAGGGUGGGGGGCAUCUUAGCCUGCAGUGAGUGGGGCUGAUGGGAACUCUGGCCACAGAGGUCAGGCCUCCUGAAAACAGCACUGCCUUCCAUGCUGCUCCAGCUUGCCCCGUUCUGUCUCUGACAACCCACCGUGAUUCACUGCUGAGGCUGGGAGUGAAACCGGGUCGGCUAUAACCUGUUCCUAUUCAUCUGGAAGGAGGGAGGCUUGGGUGGGGGGAGGGCAACUGCAGGGAAAUAUAUGAGACAGUCGUUAUUUCA